CUCCAUGGAACUCAUCUGAAGAUUAGUUUAGCCCUAAUAAACCCGAAAUGAAGAAUACUGCUAAAGGGAAAGGCGGAGGAUGUGGAGCAGAGAGAGCUGGCAACAGAAAACCCGAAAAAGAUCAGAGCUGGAUCCCAAAGAUGAUUAAAAAGAGAGUGUGUACAACCUUUGUGGAGGACUCCUCCAGUAAUGGGGCUUUGUGUCAGUGUGGUGGAGGCCGAGAACUUCACGUCAAUGCAGCUGCAUGUGAUGGUGUAGUGGACCAGUGGAACAGUGCACAACACACCUCUGAAUACCCUACUGAUGCCUUUGGAGAGCUGGAGUUUGCUGGAGCUGGACGCAGACACAGUCCAUUUCUUCGUCUGUCACCUGAUACACCUCUUGACAAAGUGUACUCGCUGAUGACAAAUCAAUGGGGCCUGCCAGUACCCAAUCUGGUGGUGUCAGUUGUCGGGGGAGAGGGAAAGGACAAAGUGAAGACCUGGGUACGAGAAGUGAUCAGACAGGGCCUUGUCCGAGCCGCACAGAGCACAGGGGCUUGGAUCAUGACAGCAGGUCUCAGAGAGGGGGUCAGCCGUUGUGUAGGUGAGGCAGUAAGGGACCAUUGUGAAAGUGCAUCUUUUUCUGAGAAAGUUAUAGCGGUGGGUGUUGUGCCCUGGGGCUUGAUUCACCAACAUCAACAACUUGUAAAUCCACAGGGUAGUUUCCCAGCACGCUACUAUGUGCAGAACAUGCCCCAUGAUGCCUGUUGCUUGGACAAUAACCACCAGGCCUUCCUCUUAGUGGAUGAUGGAAGUGUAGGCCACAGAGGAUGUGAAUCGAUGUUCAGAGCCAACCUGGAGGACUUCAUAUCGCAUCAGCGCAUUAGCCCUGUUGGGAUGGGAGGCAUUAAUAUUCCUGUUUUGUGUAUGCUGAUUGCAGGAGAUGCUGCCAUGCUAGAGCGAGUGGAUUUAUCUCUACAGAAUUCCACUCCAUUGUUGGUGCUAGCAGGGUCGGGCUCAGCAGCAGACUUGAUAGCAGGAAUCCUGAGGGACCUCAAUACAUUUCUGGCCUCACCAAUGAUUCCCACUUUGCCAUCUGCCACUGAGGAAGACAGGGAAAGCACCAGUGCUGAGCUUAGAGACCAAGUGAGAGAGAAAAUCAGGAAACAGUUUCCUUGUGAGAUUCAAUUGGAGAAACUUGUGGAUCAGGUGAGCAUAAACCAUAACCAGGAAAGAGUUUGGUUAAGGAAUGUACAGUAUGUUGGACCAAGGUAUUUUAUUAACUUUGUUAAUGUUUUCACACAGACACUCAGUAUCUAUCAAAACAAAGAUCUGAUCACUGUGUUUCAUGGAGACCAGGACGGUCAAGAUGACUUUGACACAACCCUUCUUAAAGCUCUUGUAAGAGCUGCUAAGCAAAAUUCUAAUGACGCUAGUGAGUACAUUGAGAAGCUAAAGUUGGCAGUGGCGUGGAAUAAAGUGGACUUCGCCAAGAGUGAACUCUUCAACGACAACAUCAACUGGAAGUACAAGGAUGUGGAGAUGGCAAUAAGUGAUGCUCUGCUGAAUGACAAACCCCAAUUUGUUCGUCUCUUUGUGGAAAAUGGCCUGAAUAUUCUGGACUAUUUGACAUACUGUCGUUUAGAAAGACUGUACAUCUAUCUGUAUGACUGCCGCACGGUCUACUCAGUCCUCGAGAAAAAGCUGCAAGAGCGAGCCAGCUUAGCUGUCUCUCAGACACCCUUCAACUUAAGUGCCAAUUUUGAUUUUAUACCACAGAUCACCUUAUAUGAGGUGUCACGGAUGUUAUGGGAAAUAAUGGGUGAUGUGUGUCAACCCUUUUACUACAACCUUCUUGAUCUAGAUCAGGGAGUAAACUUAAGGAAAGCAAUGAAGCAUGUGAAUAUGUUGCUGCUAGGUAAGAGUCCUUACCAGCAGCAGCAUUGUGCAUCUCCAUGGGUGAACCUUUUCAUUUGGGCUGUCCUGCAGAACCGUCGAGAAAUGGCCAUCUACUUCUGGGAAAUGGCGGGGGAGUCAGUGCUAAGUGCUCUUGCAGGGUGUAAGAUAUUAAGAGAGCUCUCCAAGUUGGAGAUGGAGACUGAGACCAAAAACUCCAUGAAAGAGCUGGCUCAGACCUUUGAGAAUCUGGCACAUGAUGUGUUCAGUGAGUGUUACCAGAGCGACGAGAGCCGUUCUUACAAGCUUCUCAUCAGACAGUCAUCUGUAUGGGGAGGGGCCACCUGUCUGCAGAUGGCUACAGCAGCAGAUGCCCGCCUCUUUUUCAGCCAUGAUGGAGUGCAGACGUUAUUGUCAGAGAUUUGGUGGGGGGACAUGGACAGAAAUACAGAGGUGUGGAAAUUAGUUCUCUCAUUUUUCCUGCCUCUUUUCAUCUUUUCCAACCUCAUCAGUUUCAGAGAGCCGGAGGAGAAUGAAAUGCCAGAUGGUAAAGAAUUUGAUGAAGGAGAGUUAAUAAACAAGGAAGAAGACAUGGAGGAAUAUAGUGCCUUAAAGGGAAACCCUGAAGCAGGGCCAAAUGCUGAUACCCAGAAACAACCUUUUAUAUUCCAUCGAUGGCGGAAGUUCUGGUUUGCACCGGUCACUUCAUUUCUAGGCAAUGUGUUGAUGUACUUCCUCUUCCUCUUCCUGUUUGCUUACGUCCUAUUGGUUGAUUUCAAGCCUCCACCUCCAAACGGACCCGCCCCUUCGGAGCUUGUGUUGUAUUUCUGGGUUUUUACUCUGGUCUGUGAAGAGAUUCGACAGACUUUAUACAGAGAAUCUACCACCGUACUUCAGAGAAUGAAGUUGUACAUCCAAGACAUCUGGAACAAGUUUGACCUUACUGCCAUCUUACUCUUCACUCUGGGACUUGUCUUCAGGAUGUUUCCUUGGUCAUAUAAUUUUGGUCGUGCAGUAAUGUGUGUAGACUAUAUGGUCUUCACUCUCAGACUCAUUCAUAUAUUCGCCGUUCACAAACAACUCGGUCCCAAAAUCAUCAUGGUUGGAAAAAUGGUGAAAGAUGUGUUUUUCUUUCUGUUCUUCCUGGGGGUGUGGCUAAUGGCAUAUGGAGUGGCCAAUCAGGCACUGAUAUACCACUACGAUUCCCGUCCUGGCUGGAUAAUUCGGCGAGUGUUCUAUGAACCUUACAUGAGCAUAUAUGGGGAGAUGCCACUGGAUGAACUAGAUGCUCUGAAGCGAGAAGAGAGAGACUGUACAGACAACAUCACUCUUAUCAAUGACGGAGCAGAGCCCUGCCCACAAUCUGAGGCUAAUUGGCUGGUCCUUAUCCUGCUGUCUGUCUACAUGCUGGUUGCCAAUGUUCUGUUGGUGAACUUGCUUAUUGCAAUGUUCAGUUACACGUUCAGUAAGGUCCAGGAGCACAGUGAUGUGUACUGGAAGUUCCAGCGUUAUAACCUGAUCGUGGAGUAUCACUCAAGGCCCUGCCUUGCCCCACCCUUCAUCAUCAUCUCUCACUUACAUAUUUUCUUCAAGAGGGUCAUCCGGAGAGUUCCCUCUGUUAAGAUCCAACACUUCAUGUUGAACCUGAAAGGCAAAGAGGCCCAUUCACUGAAUACAUGGGAGUCCACGAUGAAAGAGAACCUGCUUUCCACGCAAGCCAAAAAACAAAGAGAGAGUGACACAGAACGACUCAAACGUACCUCCACAAUGAUGGACAAAAUAUUGAAGCAGAUGGCCGAUCAUGACUGCAGUUUGAGAAAGCUGGAGUCAGAGGUGGAGUACUGCUCCACUGCCCUCUCGUGGAUAGUGCAGAGUGACCUAAUUAAGGAGACUAGUCCACCACCACCUCCUCCUUCCAAAGGUGUAUCCUCUAGAAGUUCCACUAGUCGCAGGAGAAAAUAACACUAAUAACUGAUAAUGUGUAAUAACAUAUAAUUACACAUCCUUAAAAAUUCUGACUGAGAGAUAGAAAUGACUUUGCAUUCUUCAUUAUUUCUGUUUUUGUGAACCAGGUCAGGUCACACACGUAUGCUGUGCCUUUUUAAAAUCUCAAGACAUGAUUUUUUAAACAUUGGAUCAGGAGAAGAAUUUUUCUUUAUUGAUCAGAAAACAACACUGGUUGAGCUUAAGCAUCUGAGUCCUGCAGCCUUACAAUUAUAACUAAGACUGGAUUCUAUCAGUAUCAUAUCACUCUUAUGUUUUCCCCAUGGACUCUUAUUUUGAAAAGACUCUUAGUUUGAAGUCGUCCUGUUCUUUGCCCUAAUUGUAUCCCAGGCGUUCCUGGUCUCCUUGUUAUCCCAUGUGUAUAUAUACCCUCUUUGCUCCCAGGUUGGUUCAUGUUUGUAUGUAGAGCUUUGUAAGCCAGCAUACUGCUGUGGAGUUUUUUUUUUUUAUUUUAUUUUUUACCUUCGUUGAGCUGUAUCUUCUUCUAUUUGUUAUUAAAGAGCUGCAUCUGGA